AUGUGUGGCAUUUCAGCAGUUAUCCUAUCUAAUUCUCAGGGCAUGGCCUGUCCUGACCUCUUUGAAAGUCUUGGUCUCUUGCAACAUCGUGGUCAGGACGCUGCUGGUAUUGUCACUUGUGGCCCCAAGGGUCGUCUCUUCCAAUGCAAAGGCAACGGCAUGGUUCGUGAUGUUUUUGACCAAAAGCAACUCUCUCGUCUUAUCGGUAGCAUGGGUGCUGGUCAUGUGCGUUAUCCCACCGCUGGUUCUUCUUCCAUGUCCGAAGCUCAACCUUUCUAUGUCAACUCGCCUUACGGUAUCGUCUUUGCCCAUAAUGGUAAUUUGACCAACAACCGUGAAUUGCGUGUGUUUUUGGACAAGAUUGCCCAUCGUCAUAUCAAUACCGAUUCCGAUUCGGAGGUCUUGUUGAACAUCCUUGCUAACAACUUGCAAAAGACCGGCAAGUUCAGAAUCAACGAAGAAGAUAUCUUCACCGCUAUCAAGGACUUGUAUGCUCAAUGCCGUGGUGCAUAUGCAUGUGUUGCUAUGAUUGCUGGCUAUGGUAUUAUCGGCUUCCGUGACCCCCAUGGUAUUCGUCCCCUUGUUCUCGGUCGCCGCAAAACCGAAACGGGCUAUGACUACAUGUUUGCUUCGGAGAGUGUAUGUUUGGAUGCUCUUGGUUUCACUGACUGCGAGGAUAUCAAUCCUGGUGAGGCUGUAAUUAUCACCCGUGAGCAACUCUCUCGUCGUCAAUUGGUGCCUGCCGCUCUCCACACACCUUGCAUUUUCGAAUACGUCUACUUUGCUCGCCAAGAUAGUAUCAUUGAUGGUAUCUCUGUUUACAAGGCACGUCUCUCUAUGGGUGAAGCUCUUGCUAGACAAGUCGAAAAAAUGUUUGGUGACAAGUGUGAUAUCGAUGUCGUGAUUCCUGUCCCUGAUACAUCCCGUGUUGCUGCUCUUCAAGCAUCGCACAAGUUGAAUAUCCUUUAUCGUGAAGGCUUCAACAAGAAUCGUUACGUUGGCAGAACCUUCAUUAUGCCUGGUCAACAAACUCGUCGCAAGAACGUGCGUCGAAAGUUAAAUGCCAUGACUUUGGAAUUCCAGGACAAGAACGUUCUUCUUGUGGAUGAUUCGAUUGUGCGUGGUACCACUUCCAAGGAAAUCAUUCAAAUGGCUCGCGACGCCGGUGCCAAAAAGGUGUACAUUGCCUCCUGUGCUCCCGCCAUUCGAUACCCCAACGUGUACGGCAUUGAUAUGCCUAGUCGUCACGAGCUUGUCGCUCACAACCGCACUGAUGACGAAAUUGCUGCGGAGAUCGGUGCUGACAAGAUCAUAUAUCAAGACUUGGAGGACCUGGUUGAAUCCGUUCGCAAAUACAAUCCUUCCAUCAAAAAGUUCGACACCUCUGUGUUUGACUGCGACUAUGUCACUGGCGAUGUUGAUGAGGAUUACAUGUCUUACAUUGAAGGAGAGCGCAAUGAUGAAAGCAUGCAAGCCGCUAGCGAAGAUAACGAGAGCGUUGGUUUGUAUAACAGCUUUACAAAGUAG